CGCCCGAACAAAGUGGCUCCAGACGGCGAAGCUUUUUUCCCCCCUCAGUGCUGCUCAGAUUGAUGCUAACUGGCUAACAGACCUCAUAUAAAGAGGAAUGGGGGAGUGAAGUGUGACAUGGCAAAAGAUGUGCCUGAUGGACAUGAUGCCCGCAACCUUUCACCUGCAGCUGGGGGCAGAGCUCUUGUCAUGAAUACACGACUCUAGCAGCGAUUUUGUGACUUGUCAUGGAGACUGUGGCAGAAAGUGAGCCGGCUGGUGCAGCUGGUGGGCAACCAUCAGAUUUCAUAUCCCAUGAUCCUCAGCAGCCCCAGACGCCACCGACGGGGAAGCUUAGGAAGACCGCCUUCAGAUUUUUUGGAGGUCGGAAGAGCAUCUGUAUGCUACCAAGCUUCUUUGGCGGACGUGGUAAAGGCCAAGGAAGGGGGUCCUCCAAAACUGGCGUAACCAAGAGCCAGACGUAUGACGGUGUGAGCAGAGGAUGCUGGGAGGAAAGUAUCAGGGGCAGUGGUGAUGUGACUUCAGCGGACUUUGAGUUCCACAAUCCAAAUGGCUCAUGUGAUGCACAAAAAGCGCAGGAAGGUUUCGGGAAGUCGCAGUCCCUUCCGCGACAAAGGAGAGGUCUGCGAGGUCUCUUUAGCAGCAUUAGGAGGCACAGAAAGAACAAAAACAUUGAACAAGAAAGGAACGAGACGCUUGAAAUGUCCUCGGGUGAAACAGUGCCUGGUACUCAGUCGAACCUUGGUCGUCACAGCGAUGAUAGCGACAGUCGUCUGGGCGAGGUGUCGGAGCCAGAUGUGCCUACUGCAGUUGACGGAAGCGAUUCUGCAAAGCCGCUUGCCUCUGCUGCUGACGAAUGUACAAAGGAUGAAACGCUAGUGCCUGAGAAACGAAAAAGUAAGGGAAAGGUGGUUGAGGAAGAGGACAAAGAAAAAAGAGGAGAUGAAAGGAAAGAUGGUGAUGAGAAGCAGGAAGGAGAGAGGAAGGGCAGACUGGCUACAUAUCGGCAGCCGUUGUCUGCGGACUCUGAGAUGGAUCGCCUGGCUGAACUGAAUGCCGAUUUACCUGAGGGCGAGUUGCCUGCAAUGUCUGCUUCCUCUGACAAUGUAAAUCUGAUCUUUGGAGAUGUGGCUUCUCUGAAGAGCUUUGAUUCUCUGACUGGUUGUGGGGACAUAAUUGCUGACCAGGAUGAUGUCAGCGUUGCAGAAAGUUCGGUGUCCGGCGAGAGGGGAAGUCGCAAUGCUGGCAAACGCAGCUCCUGCCUCAUUACUUAUCAAGGUGGUGGAGAGGAGAUGGCAACUCCAGAUGAGGUGGACAGUGAGUACUUGCAUAGUCUUUGGGAGUCAGAUGUUGGCAAUGAGGUCUGCUACCUCCCAUCAGAGCAGACCGACAGUUUAUCAAUCACUCCUGAUCAGCCAAUUGGCUCCUUUCAUACUGCCACUACCAGCAGCAGUGGCAACACCAGCACUAGCCCUUUGGGAGGCACAGAAACUGCCCUUACACCUACUGAUCUUUUAACCCCGCAGAGUGACCGACAGGAAUCGGUACCAAACAGUGACGAGGGUUACUAUGAUUCCACUACACCGGGAGCUGACGAAGAGACUAGGGAACGUCCUCAGCAAGAAAGACUUCCCCGUGACAGCUACAGUGGUGAUGCCCUUUAUGAACUUUUCGAGCCUGAUGACCGAUUGCUCAGUCCACCUCUUCCCUCGAAAGACAGUCAUGGGUUUCUGGGAGCUCCCUUGCAGGGCAAAGGAAAAGGAGACCUGCUGUAUGCCCUGACAUCUGCUGCCUUGGAAACCGGUGCCAUGGAGACAGAGGAGGAGCGUCUCAGUAAGAUCCAGCAUGCCUUGCUGUGCUGUGAGCUGCAGAAUCUGAGAAGCCCGUCCAAAGAUCAGCUUCUGUACUGCAGUGAUUGUUUCUACAGUGACACAGCCCCACUUGAGGGUAACUGCAAAAACUCAGCUGAGGAAGGUCUCCAAAAGCAUGGAACCCGACCACUGCAGGGAUCCCAAGUCAUAAAGGAAGUUUUGUCCCAUGGUGGGCCUCAGCUUCAGCACAAACCCUUAUAUGGACCUGUGGCUGAUUCAAGGUUCAGCCCGCAGGUCUCAAAGGCACCCAUUAUUCUGCAAGAUGCAGUCCUGUAUUCUAAGCAAGAACGGUGUGAACCUUCAGAUGGGAGCGCCUUACCGCCACCCAGAGGCUGCAGCCAGUCCCAAGAAGAGCUGAUGGUCUGUUUCUCGCAAGCGUUGGUGGACUUCACCAAAAACACCCGACUGUACCGCAACUCCACAGAAAGUCUGGAUGGCUCAGAGUCCAGCUCCCCAUUUGGCCCAAGCCUGAGUGCUCUUCCUGCCAUUGUUACUUUUGAUGUGGUCGACAUGGAGAACGAGGGAGAAUGUGAACAGCAGACAGAACUUGCAGAAGAAGAAGAGGAAUUAUCUUCCCCAUAUGAGCCGUUUGAGGAUGACGGCUGCUACCUGCAGCAAGACGCCUUCGCUGAGUGUGAUCAGAGAACUUUCGAUGCCUAUGAGCAAAGCUUGUUGGUCAGCAAUGCUUGGGGGAUCACAAGCCUUCCGCGCCACCUUAGCCUGGGCCGGCCAGGCCCUCCUGUUCCCGCCCCGCUAGCACUUAACCGACGUAGCCGUUCUCUGGAUACAGACAGUCUAGACUUUCAGACCAGCGAGCUUUACGCAACGGUAGCUUCACAUAGUCCUAAGAUGGCUCCUUCCCUCCAGCGCAGGAAAAAUAGUCCUGAAAUGGGGGACUGUUGCGACAUGGCAUUACCACGACUUUCAGAAAGGGGCCGCAUUGAUGGUUGGAGACAGGGACGUGGUUCUGAAUUUGACUCUCCCCGGAAGGCCACUCUCUCUCAACAGCAACAAAAGUUCUCACGUGGCAGUCCCUGGAUGGAAACGACGUCAAGCUGUGCCUCCACCUGUCAACAAACGGUUAGACCCUCACAUCUCCCCCUACAGGCUUCCUGCCGCAAUGGCAGCUCAUCACGUGUUGCCAGAGUAGGUGCUGAAGGGGACGUAAUGACUGGAGGAGGUGAUGCCAUGUACCCUUGCAGUUACCCACCAUCAGGAACGCAGUGGAAGAGUCGACCGGUUGGCAUCACCCAGGGUGUACCCCACCUACGUUCUGACCAACUAGAGAACCCAAGAGAGAUCACAGCCAAGAGUAGGAGGGCGGAAAUUGAGGGGGAGUUCUCCACGGCAACACCUAAACGCACCAUGUAAACAACAAUCAUCUUUCACAUGCAAAAACGAAAACAUUAGGUAGGUCUCAUCACCAAAGACACAGCUGGAUGUUUACUGACCAUCUUGAUUUGUAUACACUUACCCUCCUAUGUUCGCUGGUAUCUCCAGAUAAGCUAUUAUAUUUUAGUGAUGGUGUAGUUUUUUGGUUAUUUUCUUCUCCACCAGUGUUUUGUCUGUUUUCUCAAUAUAACUGCCGUUGUUUUUUAUGACUAGCCAUGUUAUUUUGCAUAUAUGUAGCAGUUGUGUCUUUGAACAUUGACCAGAAAUAGAGCUUUUUGUUCUGUGUUUUAAAGUCUGUUUGACUUCUCAGAUAUUAAGUAUCACUUUGAACAGAUUUUUUUAAUACAGCCUAUAUGCUAGCACGUUAGAACAGAGACACUGUGUUAGUGUAAGUUUCUGCCUCUACUGGAAUACCACGUAACGUGGUGGCGGUGUGGAGUAUCGGACCUUCUCUUUAAAUGGACGGUGAAUGUGAGAGGACGUUUGGAGUUCUGAGUUUUGCGUAUCUUCCCCCGAACACUUUUCAGAUAUGCUGUGUUAUGCUGUUUUCAUGUUUACAUUUUUUAAACUAUUUUCAAUAGUAUGUUUAUUUUGUUUUACCACAUUUCUGCACUACAUUAGUGAGGAAAUGCGCUUGCACACUCAAAGACAACUAGUCAUGCACCGAUCCGAUAUGCUGGAUCGUUAUCAGCAUCGAUAAUGACCUUUAAUGAAUCGGGUGUCGGCCAGACGAGACCGAUCUACUUUCAGAUACCUAAAACGAAAGCGUUUUGUUUCAAACCGUGAUAUAAUUCUCAAGUUUUAAUUUGUUAUUAAUUAAACUCGAAACUAGGGCUGAACAAUUUGGGGAAAAUAUCUAAUUGCGAUUUUUUUCCAACUUAUAUUGUGAUUAUUUUUUAUAAAUUGAGAUUCAGGCCUGAUUUCUUUUGUCCAAGAUAACUAGAAUAUCCUCCUUUUUGGUUGACGCUUGAAUGACCAAACUGCCAGUAAGUUCUGGUUGUGAUGUCACAAUACACAGAGGUUUGGUUGCCUCUGAUUGGUCCAACUUAUCUACAGGCGUUUCAUAAGCUGUGUGUUAUUAGGUUCAAUUUCCUGUCUUAUGACAACGUUUUACGUACACGCUUAAAAAAAGAUGGUUUUCCAAAGGUUCUUUAGUAAAGACAGUGGUUCUAUGUAGAACCAUGAACACCAAGAUCCAUUUGCAUGCUUAAAGGAUUGAUGGAGUACGUGUUGUAUAGGGUUCUAUAUAGCACCAAGAAGCUUCGAACAAGCCGGGAUGCCCCUGCGUUGGAACGAUGAGGUAGGCGCCGGACAACUCUGUCGUGACUGCUAUUCCCCCCGAUACGUUCAGGAACAUGGAGCGCCGCAUCGAAAUGUGUCUGGCAGAAAACAGAUCACUUCCAGCAUCGCAUGUAAUGCAAUCGGUUACACAUUAGUCAAGGUAUGUAGCGGAUUUUUUGGUUCAGAUUGCUUCAUCAGUUACAACAGAAUAUUCGGGGCCUCUUUCGAGUGAAUCUCCCUGUAGUUAAGAUGUCUACAGUGAUGUUUUUGUAGCUCUAAAAUGUAUAAGAUGAAUAUGGUGGGGUGUGGAAACAAUGUGCCUCAUUUUAAAAAUUGUUAAAAAUCGUUUAUUUAAAAAAAAUUUAAAAUGUAAAAUUUAAAAUUGGAACAUCAUUAUUUAGAAAAAACUCUUCACUUGUGACCCCCCCAUUAUUUGAGGUAUACAGAUUUUACAUUAAAGAAAAAUAAAAAGAUCGGAUCGGUGCUCGGUAUCGGCCGAUAUUCCGAGUUCAGGUGUUGGGAGAGAAGAAGUCGGGUCGGUGCAUUCCUGAGAAACGCAACGUUCAGAAACACGAAACCGGUCAUAAACAAUUCAGAACGAUGGAACAUUUUGCUUGGUCACUCGAUUUUAUAAAGGUUUUACUGUUGACUGAUGAUAUGCGCUUAUUUAAAGUUGUCUAAUGGAGGUUUUGCCCAGCAGGAGGCGCAAUGGAACACUUGUAGCUCAGCCAGCAAGUCACACUCGUUUAUCAAAGAAUCUGCGGAUGGAAAAAAGGCCGUCGUCUUGCUAGUGAAUGUAUGAUAUCGUUGUAUACAGUGUCCAUAAACACUUAUCACUGACCCUUCACUCGGUUUUGACCUUCGGUGUCAAAAACUGUGUUGGGCGGCUUUAAAUAAAGCUUUAAAGCUUCUACAGUCUAAUAGCAGGAGAAACGAGCUAUGCUAGUCACGUCGGAGAACACUGAAUUAGCCACGUUUUACAGUUUUCAAAGGGGAAUUCCAACGAUUUUUUCAAAAUUUCUGCAUCGUUUUAGAUUAUGGUGGUGAUGGAAACCAGGGGUUGCCAUGACUACAACACAGAUAAAGACAUUUAUUUACUAUCAGAACUACCAGUGCACCUUCUUGAGUGUUUAUAUUGAAUGUUGAUGGUAAAAUAGUGGACAAUCUGUAAAAAUCCGUUUUCUUUGGGGACUAUUUUGUGUCUCAGCACUCUGCAUGUAUCCCUCCACCAUGAAUGGAUAAUUUAUGCUUUUAUAAGCCAAAAACUUUCUCAAAAACAGUGUACAUCAGGCAGUGAAUUCAUAACCAUUUCAUGUAGUAACUUUCUGUGAGGGAGCUUUUAGAGGUGGACGUCUGGUUCCUAUCAGCACCACUGUGAACAAUUCUGACUCGGUAAGUUUCACUAGAACGGAGCGUUUCACACCAAACCACUCUGAACGACUCUGUUCAGUUAAUUUUGCAAAAAAGAACACUUUUUUUGGACGGUCCACGGUAGAUGCUGUGUAGGUACUCAGUAUAUUGCUAACUUUACAGAAGGAAAAAACAUAUUUACUUUUAAUGUAAGUCAAUGGAACCAGAUUUUUUUUUCCAAGUCGUUUUGGGCCGUUUGUUUUCGCCCAUUCACCAUGA